AUGCGGUUUCUCCAACUCCUCACUCUCCUCCUCCCGGCCAGCUUUGCUGCAGCCGCGGUUGCACCUGCUGCACCUGCUGCUUCCCUCACGCCCCCAGUUGAGGUUUGGGUUCCUUAUCGAUUCGAGGGCGGUUUUCAUGUCUUCGAACAUGGUGGCAACCGGACUCCGCGCCAAAACAACACCGUCAAUUACAUCCAGUUCGGUGCGAGAGACCCGUAUACGAGCAACCAAUGGUCAUUCAGGUUGGCUGAUCCCUACAACGGAGCGUACGUUCUUUCGUAUGGAAGAGGGGGAUAUUUCAAUGCCGAACCGAAGUCCGGUACACUUGUGACCCUCUCGGAUAGGUCAUGGAGUUUUUUCAAACUGGUUCUUAAUCCUAAUGGGGUCUGGGAUAUUGAAUUGCUCGAGCGACCGAACGGUGAACGCUUUAAGCUUAGUGUUGGUCACGCUGCUGGCCAUGAUCCGCGGGCUCCGCCUGUCUUGCGUGUUUCGAAGGAAUCCUAUGGCUUCGGGUUUUUGCAUCCGCCCAUGGAAUGA